AUGGUUGGGAAGCAAAUGGACUCAGCACCACUGUCCGCCUCCACUGCAGGGCUGAUCCGGUCCCGAGUUCGUGGGGCAGAUGUGGCCUCGGCAGCUGUCCUCACCUUUCUGGACAGCCACUGUGAAGUGAACACCGAGUGGCUGCAGCCCAUGCUGCAGCGGGUGAAGGAGGACCAUACUCGGGUGGUGAGCCCCAUCAUCGAUGUCAUCAGUCUGGAUAAUUUUGCUUACCUUGCUGCAUCUGCUGACCUUCGUGGAGGAUUCGACUGGAGCCUACAUUUCAAGUGGGAGCAGAUCCCUCUUGAGCAGAAGAUUGCCCGGACAGACCCCACCAAGCCUAUAAGGACGCCUGUCAUAGCUGGAGGAAUCUUUGUGAUUGACAAGUCCUGGUUUAACCACUUGGGAAAGUAUGAUGCCCAGAUGGACAUCUGGGGGGGAGAGAAUUUUGAGCUCUCCUUCAGGGUGUGGAUGUGUGGAGGGAGCUUGGAGAUCGUGCCCUGCAGCCGGGUGGGCCACGUCUUCCGGAAACGCCACCCCUACAACUUCCCCGAGGGCAAUGCCCUCACCUAUAUCAGGAAUACCAAGCGCACUGCGGAGGUCUGGAUGGACGAGUACAAGCAGUAUUACUACGAGGCCCGGCCCUCGGCCAUCGGGAAGGCCUUCGGCAGCGUGGCCUCGAGGAUCGAGCAGAGGAAGAAGAUGAACUGCAAGUCCUUCCGCUGGUACUUGGACAACGUCUACCCAGAGCUCACGGUCCCAGUGAAGGAAGCGCUCCCUGGCAUCAUUAAGCAGGGGGUUAACUGCUUAGAAUCCCAGGGCCAGGACACUGCUGGUAACUUCCUGCUGGGAGUGGGGAUCUGCAGAGGCUCUGCCAAGAACCCCCCAGCACCACAGGCGUGGCUGUUCAGUGACCAUCUCAUCCAGCAGCAGGGGAAGUGCCUGACCGCCACCUCCACCUCCACCUCCACCUCCACCUCCCCUGGGUCCCCGGUCGUACUACAGGCGUGCAACCCCAGAGAAGGCAGACAGAGAUGGAGGAGAAAAGCCUCUUUCAUCCAGCAUUCGGUCAGCGGCCUCUGCCUGGAGGCCCAGCCCGCCCGGCUGGUGACCAGCAAGUGCCAGGCUGACGCCCCGGCCCAGCAGUGGCAGCUGUUGCCGCACUCAUGAUGGCAGCCCCGGGGCCUCCUGUACCUUUUGCAUGAGACUUUGGGACUGGAAGGGGGUUAGGGUGGGGGAGUGUAAAGCGGGCCGUUUCCAUCCCCUCACAUUCUGCCGGAACCAUCAGCAAACACCCCUGCCACGAGACCAUUCUCCAAAGCUUGCACAGGGAGGGCGCGGGGGCCAUGCCCGAUGCCCAGGCUGCCGCCCCGCGCCGCCCUCGCCCCAGGAGAGAAAGUCAGGAUGCUGGACCGCUGCUGGGCAGAGACUGGGCAGGUGCCCUCACCCUUUGUCCCCUCCCCUCUCCUUCCUGGGAGCCCAGACAGUGGCUUGGGUACCCUCCCCUUGUUGUCUGGGGUGAGCAAGGACAGAAGCUCACAUAGGGUCCCCACUGUGUCACAGGGCCUGCUUAUGGGAUUGAACAUGAGAAGAGAAUGUAGGCAGCGUGGUUGGGGAGACUGAGGCCAGGAGGAGGGGGGAGCCUGUGAGGUGGGUGGAGAACCAGGAGGAGGUUAGAAGCUCAGUGGCCUGUCCCAGGCAGGUGCUGGGUUGGGUGUGGGAGGGAUGGGAUUGGGGGCAAAGGAUGCGUAAUGUGCAGAAGGAUAUGGACGGAAAAGCAGCACCGCACCCAAAGAGUGGGUCUCUUCCAGGGACCCCAUCCUCCAUGCUGCACCAGCCCCAGGGCACUGUGCCUCCAGCCCUGUGCUCUGGUCCCCACAUUCUUAGCAAGAGGCUGCAGCGCCAUCUUCAGGGGCAUCCUUGGAACACAGUUUAUUAAACAGACCCCACUUCUGUUUGGCCAUGUGUCAGGAUGAGACCUGUCCCUCAGGCCUUACUGACCUGCUGGUGCCCUAUGCCCCCUGCCUGGGCCCACUGUGAGGACCCCAUAAGGACAGGCAGCCACCACCCACCACUGAGCUGCCCCAUCCUCAUUCGCAUUUUUUGACCCCCGCCUUCUCAGAAGCCUUUGCCUCUGUUACAGCAUUAUGCAAUCGGGGCAGUCCAUAAGAACAGGACCUCCUUUCUAGAGCAUCGACAUUCCCUGAGUCAUUAGGGAGUAAGUCACCCAGGCUAAGCCUCAUGCUCACCCCUCCCCACUACAGGAGGGAGGCCCUGAGGGUCAGUCACUGCAGUGGGCAGGAGGCUGGCUGGUGGCUCCUGAUUGUGUUGAGAGGUCCCUGUUUCUUCUCACAACCACUGGGCCCUUCCCCUGCCCCAUGGCCUGGUCUUGGAACCACUUCUGUUAUUCCCCGUGCUCCUCUUCUCCCACCCCACUGGCUCAGGCAGUGUGAUCUUGGGCAAAAGACUGGUGGUACCAGGUUCCCUAGGGGUACCCUUCCCAAAGCAAACCUGAGAUCCCUUAGGAGUUCAUGGAUUCCAGGGGGCCUAGGAAUCUCCUGAAAUUGUCCCCCCAAUAGUGCAUGUGUGUGCAUAUAUGCAUUUUCCUGGGGAGAGGGUCCAUGGACUCCCCCAGCUUCUUACAGAGGCCCUUGAUCUCCAGAGGGUCUGAACCUCUGCUCUGGAUCGGAGCUCCCAUUCACCUGAGCUGCCACGCCCCAUCUCUCUCCCUGGUGUGCCUAAACUACUGUCGCCUGCUCCUUCCAUGCAGCCCUUGGGGCCAGGAGCCAAGCGUCCCUGGUCCACGGCACCCACCCUGGAGGGUUCUUAGUGGUUUCCUCUCACCUCCUGGCUCUCACCGGCAUCCUCUGGGCAGUGCUUCUGUGCCCCAGCGUGCACCCUGUGCGUUCACCAGCUUGGGGGCCACACUUCUCCGGUCCCCUGUUGUGAUCAUCCACUGCCAUCUCUAUGGUGCGUGUCCACCCUGGCGGGCAGCGUGGACCUUUAGGGGAGUGAGGGCUUCUCUUGAAUGUAAAGGGACUGCUGCUCAGAGAGCCAUAGAGAGGCCCCUCCUUCCCUGUGGUCAGACUGGGCUAGGCACUUGUCAGCCACCAUUUGUGGGAUUCAGCCCUAUUUCUGUUUUUGCUUUUCCUCUUCUUGACCAAAGCAUGUGCCACUAGCUGUCCUUGAGGACCUUGUCUUUAUGAAACACACACCUGGAAUAAAACCACUUCUCACACAUA